AUGUUUUUUGCUGGACGGGGGCGGGCAUCGCUGGACCGAAGCGUGAGGUUAUGGGACGCUCGGAACGUUGGCGCCGGCACGGGGUCGAGCGGCAUCGGCGGCAUGCAGCACGUGGCCGAGCUACCGCACUUCCGCAGCGUCAACAGCGCGCACUUCAGCCCCACGGGGGAGUGGAUGGCCACGGUGUGUCAGGACGACAAGAUCAGGCUGUACCAAGACCUCGGCAGCGCAAGCGGAAAGCAGGUGUCGGCCUCCCAAGUUCUACCGCACAACAACCAAACCGGCCGCUGGCUCACCAAAUUCCAGGCAUCGUGGGACCCCAAAUCGAAGGGACUGUUCGCCAUCGGCAGCAUGCAGAAGUACCCUCACGGGAUCCAUCUGUACAGCGUCAACGGAGGCGCCAAAAAGCCUUCCGCCGUGGAGGUCACGGGGGGAGACGUCAUGGGUUCCAUCCAGAGCGUCGUUGCUUUCCACCCAUCCAGGGACGUCUUGGCCGGAGUGAACUCUAGCGGGCGGGCACACAUUUUCAUGUGA